AUGCAUGCUGGGAUACCUGGCUGUCUGAAGUCCACACAAGUCUGCUCCAAUGCAUCCCUGAUAAAUAUACAAUGUAUUGAUGGACAUUAUUCUCUUUCAGUGUCAGACAGGAGAGUUGUCAUUCUGGGAAAAACUGGAGCUGGGAAAAGCAGCCUGGCUAACACCAUAUUUGGAGAGGAUCUACUGUUCAAUACCUCCCACACUAUCAACUCUGAAACAAAGAGAUGUCAAGCAGAAACCAGAUCUCUGAACGGAGGAGGAAUGACUUUGAUUGACACUCCUGGUGUCUUCGACACAGAUAGACCAGAGGAGGAGCUGAAGCGUGAGAUAGUGAGGUGUAUCACAGAGUGCGCUCCUGGGCCUCAUGCUUUUCUCAUUUUGCUGAAAGUGGAGAAAUUCACAAAGCAGGAGCAGGAUGUCAUCAACAUAAUACACCAAUACUUCUCUGAAGAGGUCUUCAAAUAUGCAACAAUUGUCUUCACUUAUGGUGACCAGCUGGAGGAAGGAGAAAAAAUUGAGGAUUUUGUCUGCAAUAAUAAGUCUAUGAGGGAUCUGGUGGAGAAGUGCGGAGGCCGCUGCCAUGUCAUUGAUAAUAAAUACUGGAAGAACAAACAACAGGAUGAAUACAGGAGCAACAAGUACCAGGUGAAGGAGCUGCUCAAGACAAUAGAUAAGGUAACUGAAGCAAACAAAGGAAGGUGUUACACCAAUGAGAUGCUCCAAGUAGUGGAGAAAGAAAUACAGCAAGAGGAGAAGCUCAUUAGACAGUCACCAGGAAACAUGUCAGAGGAAGAGAUCACACGGCAGGCUAAAGACAGGGCAUUUAAGAAGAUAUGGAUCAGACUGGCAGGUGUUGGAACAGGUGCAUUGUUAGGAGCUUUGUUUGGUGCAGUAGCGAUGGUUGGAUCUGUUGUCUACGCUUUAAAGGUACUAGUGCCUGUGGCCAAAGCAGCUGUACUGGCAUCAGCAGGAGCAGCUGGUGCAGGAGGAACAGCAGCAGGAGUGGCAGCCGCAGGAGCAGACUUCCUGACAAACCGGCCACAGUCAGUCAGGAUGGGCCCUCACUGCUCCUCCACUCUGACACACAGCACAGGAGCCCCACAAGGCUGCGUGCUGAGCCCCUUCCUCUACUCUCUGUACACUCAUGACUGUGUACCAUCUCACAACGCCACCACCGUAGUUAAAUUUGCAGAUGACACGACUGUGGUGGGGCUGAUCACUAAAGGCGAUGAGUCGACCUACAGAGAGGAGGUACAGGGGCUGACAGUGUGGUGCAGAGAAAAUAAUCUGACUCUGAACAUCAAAAAAACAAAAGAACUCAUAAUUGACUUCAGGAAGAAGCAGGAUGUCCAUUUGCCACUGUACAUCAAUGGGGAGAGGGUGGAGAGGGUGCCCAGCUUCAAAUUCCUGGGCACACACAUUACAGAGGACCUCACAUGGACAGUUAACACUACAGCACUGGUCAAAAGGGCCCAUCAAUGA